GACAAAAUGGAGGCUUGGAUUCACUGGCUCUGGCCGCCGUUUGGCGCCUUUGCCAUUCCUCUGCUACGUAGAAUGUGCUAACUCUAGACAACGAAGACACUGACCAUUUGACCAUUUCCCGCUCAGCAGUUCGCGGACUGAAGCGGAGAGGAGAUGCCCUUCUUUGCGAACACCCCCGAGUCCUUGAUCAGCCGGUCUGAUUCCAAGAACCCGUCAACGACAUGCAGGGGAAUUACUUCCAGCGGCCGACCAUGUAGAAGACCCAUCGCGGCCUCGGUCGCAGCAUCAACUCCGCCCCCGCGAUCCAAAGCUAGUGAGCUCCGAGUCGACGAUCCUCAGGACGAGCGGCUGUACUGUUGGCAGCACAAGGAGCAGGCAAGCCUGUCGUCGCGGUCUAGCCCAGGUCCAAAGGUGUCCGGAAGCCCCAUCGUUGAAGAGAGGACGAGCCUAGACACUUUGGCAGACCGUCUGGGGCUGGUAGCACAGGCUCAGGGAAAGAAACCACCGAAACAACGGCACUCUGGACGUCCGAGUGGAAGCCAUGGCGAAAAGCAGAAGCAGCGCCCCGUUAAGAUGGCCCGGCCGAAGGCGACGAAGACAGUCGAGUUCUGCUGCUGCUUCCGGGUCCCCAUCGAGGAGGUCUCACCACCACCACGCCCAGCGCCGCGUCCCCUGCAGCCUCCCUCGUCAGCUCCUGUAACACCGACCUACGGCAAUGGCAGGAAGGCGUCGAGCCAGCAGCAGCAUCUCACCCCCUCACCAUCCCCAUACCGCCCACGGCCAAGUCACUCGGCGCCGCUACCCGCCGGGCGAAGCCCGCGCCUCUCCUCGACGGCCUCCACCUCUUCCCAGACCGCAGCGUACCUCGCCCUCAUCCCUCCCACGGCCUCCCCGCAGACAGCAUCGCUUCUCAUGGCAGAGCUCGCGAAGCCCUUCUCCCAUAUCGACGAGCCGGGCUACAUGUACAUAUUCUGGCUGACACCGGAAUCGCAACCGUCCACGCCCCCCGCCGAGGCAGCCCGCUCGCUCCUCACGCCGCCCGCCCCGACGACGCCGACGAAGCGCCCGCCCGGCCAGCGGCGCCCGAGCGACGUACUCGCAUCCUUCGCAUCCUCUCCCAGCGCCAGCCGCGGCCCCGGCGCGGCGGCGUCAGGCAAGAAGAAGGUGGUGCUCCUCAAGAUCGGGCGGGCGACCAACGUGCAGCGGCGGCUCAACGAGUGGACGCGCCAGUGCGGCCACAACCUCUCGCUGAUCCGCUACUACCCCUACAUACCCUCGGGCGGUAGCCCGGCGGCGGCAGCGGGGACGGGGACCGGGGUGACGCCGCGCAAGGUGCCGCACAGUCACCGCGUCGAGCGGCUCGUCCACCUCGAGCUGGCAGGGCGGGGGCUCCGGGUCGCCGACCGGGGCGCCUGCGCCGCGUGCGGGAGGGAGCACCGCGAGUGGUUCGAGGUGGAGGCUACGAGGAAGGCUGUCGCCGACGUGGAUGAGGUGGUGAGGAGGUGGGUUGCGUGGGAUGAGGGGAUGGGCUAGGUAGUUGGUUUGGCAUACGACUUGAUGAGGAAAGGAAGAUGGGGGGUCAUAGCAUUAGGGUCUACGGUAUAGCAUGCAUGGGGGCAAGGCAAAAGGUACGUAAGGCGUAGCAGUUGA